CCAUGUUACUAGGAGUACAAAUUAAAUCAACUAAUCUCCCACAAUUAUUUUCACAUAUAAAAAAAAUACAAACUACUUGUCCUCAAUAUGCAAUCACCAUAAUCCAAACAAUAAAAAGCUUACUCCGCCGCCGUCGCCGGAGGAAUCUUGAAGCGGCGCGGCCAUGGGUAUUUUCACCUCGAAGCCACUUCCCAAGCCCAAGCCCAACCCCUACGCCAGAAGAGAGCCACCGGAGCUUUCCGAACCACCGCCGGAGAGCAUGACGCCGCGGAGGAGGCCCAAUCCCCCUCCGUCGCCGGCGAAGCACUUGAUGGCGGCGCUGCUGAGGAGGCACGCCUCGAUGAAGCCUAAUGCUGCCGAGAUUCCGGAAGGGGAGGAGGUGGAGGAGGAUGAGGCGGCGGUGGGCUUGAAUAAGAGCUUCGGGUUGUCGAAGAAGUUCGCGAGCAAGUUCGAGAUCGGAGAAGUGGUGGGGCGAGGGCAUUUUGGGUAUACCUGCUCCGCCAUUGCCAAGAAGGGUGACCUCAAAGCUCAUAAACUCGCCGUCAAGAUCAUUCCCAAGUCCAAGAUGACAACAGCUGUUGCCAUAGAAGAUGUUAGGCGUGAAGUUAAGAUCUUGCGAGCAUUGACAGGUCAUCCUAAUCUCGCCCGAUUCCACGAUGCAUUUGAAGAUUCCGAGAAUGUCUAUAUACUCAUGGAAUUGUGUGAAGGGGGGGAGCUUCUUGAUAGGAUACUUGAACGAGGCGGGAAAUUCACAGAAGACCAUGCGAGGACUAUUAUUGUGCAGAUUCUGAACAUCGUUGCGUUUUGCCAUCUGCAAGGAGUGAUCCACCGUGAUAUUAAACCGGAGAAUUUCCUCUUCUCCUCAAAAGAUGAAGAUUCUCAGAUAAAAGCUAUUGAUUUUGGGUUAUCAGAUAUCAUCAGACCAGAUCAAAAGCUCAAUGAGAUAGUCGGAAGCGCGUACUACGUGGCGCCCGAAGUUCUACGCCGAUCGUAUGGCACGGAGGCCGACAUUUGGAGCAUAGGUGUGAUCGCAUACAUACUACUAUGUGGCAGCCGCCCAUUCUGGGCUCGUACUGAGUCCGGCAUUUUCCGAGCAGUUCUCAAAGCCAGCCCGAGUUUCAACGACGACCCAUGGCCAUCGUCGUCUUCAGAGUCCAAGGAUUUUGUAAGGUGCCUGUUAUGCAAAGAUCCCGGCCGUAGAAUAUCAGCUGCUCAGGCUUUAUGUCAUCCAUGGCUCCGAGAUCACGAGAAGGUAAAGCUCCAGCUCGACGUUCAUGUGUUUAGACCCAUGAGGGCGUACAUGCGCUCGUCGCCUCUGCGUAGGGCUGCACUGAGGGCUCUGUCGAAAGUAUUGAAGGCGGACGAGCUGUAUUACCUCGAGAAACAAUUUGGAUUGCUGAGUCCAGAUGCCAAUGGAGGCAUAACUUUAGAGACCAUAAAAAUGGCGUUGAUGAGAAGUGCUACAGAUGCAAUGAAGGAAUCCCGGAUCUUGGAUUUCCUCGAGCCGCUAAACGCACUCGGUUAUAGAAAGAUGCAUCUUGAUGAGUUCUGUGCAGCUGCAUUAAGUGUCAAUCAGAUGGAGAUAGUUGACGGAUGGGAAGAACGAGCACGAUCUGCAUAUGCUAUAUUUGAGAAGGAUGGAAACAGAGCUAUCCUCAUUCAAGAACUAGCAUCAGAACUCGGGCUUAGCCCUACAGUGCCAAUCCAUGCAGUUCUGCAAGAGCAUAUAAGACACAGUGAUGGGAAGCUCACCUUGCAAGGUUUCAUUAAAUUGUUGCACACCCUGCAGCCAUGCUCGCCUGCAAAGACACCGUAAGAGCUACAAUAGUGUUUCAGAUAACGACGGUUAGUAUAAAACUGAACUGCAGCCCUGAACCAACCACCAAACAUGUUUUGGUCCCUGAGUCAUCGUUUAUUAAUAUGAUCCCGUUUAUCAGUGAAGUUCUCUGUUCUUAGAGAGAAAACAGACAAUAUACACCAAAACUGUACAGUUCUGGAUAGAUGUGAAGAGCUAAGUUAUGCCAGAUUCUAUCAUUAUUGUUUCAUGACCGUACAAAUGUAUGGUAUAUGACUAUAUAUGUACAUCCUGAUUUCUGAAUUCUGAUGCAAAUGGCAUUCAAAUCUACCAUUUGGUUAAA